CCACUGACAUCACUCAUCGCGAUAGUCGAUUAAUAGUCAACAUUUUACAAACAAAUGUUCUGCCAUUACAUAAUGUAACAUUGAUAAGAAUAAGAAAAAGCAACGCAGUUAUAUUAAAUACUUAAUAAAUGCAAUGUUUCAUAUCCUAAUUAAACAGUUGUCCGUUGAUACUAAGAUUGUUAUGACGUCUCUACAGUUAUACAAGCACCUAUUACGCCAGUGUGAAAAACUACCACUGGAUGCUUGUAAACAUUAUAAAUUUGCUGUCAAACAGAGCUAUAAACAACACAAAUCAGAAACAGACCCAGAAAGAGUGAAAGAAAUAAUACAAAAGAGUAUCGAGGAUGCUAAGUGGAUUUUAACCAAGUAUUCUAAAAAAUAAUGGACAAAAUAAUAAAAGUUUGUAUGCAGAGAAUAUUUAAAAAAUAUUUCAUUUAUUAUAAACAAAUAUUAUAAAUUUAAAAAUGUUUGGGGAAAGAAUUGAGGAAUAUGAAUUACUCGAGCAUCUUGGAAAAGGAGGAUUUGCUCAUGUAUACCGAGCAAGAUGCAAAAAAACAGGCUUGUUUGUUGCUAUCAAAAUGAUAGACAAAGCUUUAAUGGCAAGUGCAGGUAUGAUAGGGAGAGUUCGACAAGAGGUCACCAUUCACUCCCGCUUAAAACAUCCUGCUAUAUUAGAAUUGUUUACAUUUUUUGAAGAUGCACAUUAUGUUUAUUUAGUUUUAGAAUUAGCACACAAUGGUGAGUUAGCUAAACAUUUUAAGUUAGGUACUCGUGGUCUUAGCGAGAAGGCAGCAUCUGACAUAUUUAGACAAGUUGUGAGUGGAGUAUUGUAUCUCCAUACUCAUAACAUUAUACAUAGAGAUCUUUCACUGAAUAAUUUAUUACUCACAAAAGAUCUUAGUGUAAAAAUUGCUGACUUUGGGCUAGCAACUCAAUUAAAUGGACCUGACGAGAAACAUGUAACCAUGUGUGGAACCCCUAACUAUAUAUCACCUGAAGUAGCUUCAAGAGAGACUCAUGGCUUGCCUGCAGAUGUUUGGGGAUUAGGUUGUAUGUUGUAUACAUUAUUAGUCGGUAGCCCACCAUUUCAUACACAACAUGUCAAAACUACUCUUAAUAAAGUCAUCAAUGCUGAUUACAAAAUACCAAUUGAGUUGUCAAUUCAAGCACAAGAUUUGCUACAGAAACUUUUAUGCAAGGAUCCAUCGAGAAGAAUAACUUUAAAAGGUAUAAUGGAACACCCAUUUUUGAAUACAUACUUUGAUAUAACAACUAAUCCGAAACAGGAUUUUUCACGAGAUUCAGGAUUUUUAACCACCCUCCACAGUACUCAACAUAGUCAAAAGCCAAGAAACAAUGAUAGAAGUAACUUAAGCGGUAUUGACUUAUUUAGUGAUAAACACAAUUUUAACAAAGGAAAUAUAAAUGCCAAUAAUUGCCUAGAUCAAAAUUCAUAUAACUUUUUUGAAUCUAGACGACAAAAUAACUUUGUAUCAGCUUCAAGUGAACCCUUGCAGUUGUUAAAUAGUAAUCAGAAUAAAAUAAAUGAACUAAUUGUAACUCCUAAAAUUGAUGACACAUAUAAAGUUACUAGUCUUUCAGAAAACAUGAAAAAAUUAGAUUUAAAACAUAAACAAAUUGAAUCACACAGCUUGGGUGAAGAUAACAAAGAAAAUUUGACAAAACCAUGCAUGCUAAGUUCAAAUGUACUAAGUGUUCCACCUCUUUGUGCCGAUAGACUGCCCACAAUAUCCCACAGAACCCGCAAUGCAAUUCUUAAAAUUGAAUCUUCUGAGGUUGUGGUAGAAUUCAUUAAAAGGAAAGGUAAAGAAAGAGAAGAAAAAAUUGUAGAAAUUUGCAAAAUAUCUAAAGAUGGCAUGAAAAUUAUUAUUUAUACCAUAGACAAAGAAAAAGAGAGAAAUUUGAAUAUGGAACAUAGCUCUAAUCCUGAUGAGGUAUUCUCUUAUCAUAAUUUACCACAAAAACAUUGGAAAAAGUAUCUGUAUGCAGCAAGGUUUGUAGAUCUCGUUAAAGCUAAGACACCUAAAAUAACUUUGUAUACAUCACUUGCAAAGUGCCAACUAAUGGAAAACAACAUAGACAUUGAAAUGUUUUUUUAUGGGGGUGAGAAAGUGACAUACACUUCGACAGAUGGACUAAAAAUUAUUGACAAAAAUUUAAAAACUCAUCACCAUUUAACUGUAGCCCCAGAUUUAAAAUAUUUAAUUGAUCAUUUUGAAGAAUGUUCAAACCGUUUAAAAAGAAUACAAAAUGCCCUUUCUUGCAUUUCUGAUGAAUGUUUUCCUUUAAUAAUAGGCAAAAGGCCUGUUCCAAUGACAAAUAAUGUAACUGCUUCUGGCCAAGUUUCAUCUAAUACAGAUCGAAAUUAUAGUACCCCAUUGUUUAAUUUAGGAUCAUUCCACCGAGCAACAACUUGUUCUAGUCGUGCACAAAGUGAAGAUAUAAAAUUAUAGAAUCUAUUUGAAAAGAAUAG